ACAACAAAUUAAAUCGUGGGGUUGCAGAAUGAACUAAAUAUUAAUAUAUAAUUAGAUAAUUAUAUAAUAAUGUUAAGAGAAUGGAUGAGAUGGAAGAAAGUUGUUCAGUUCUUCUAUAAAUAAAGCUCUCUUCCACUCUCAUUUCCUACUUCUCCCAAUUCUUAAUAAAAUUAUUCUAAGUUUUUUUUUUUAUGUCAAAAUUCUCUAUUUUAAUAAAUCACCAUUUAUAUAAAUUACAAGAAAAGGUUCUUUAAUUGGUACACAUGGCGGCCAUGAACGAUGCUUCUAAGCUUGAAUACAUCAAGCAAAUUCUUCUUGGUGAUCUCUCUCCUAUUACUAAUAAUAAUAAUGCUUCAAAUCUCAACCAAAUAAAUCAAUGCCAAAUUUCUGAUUCAUUUUCCUCCAGCUCCAACGAUUUUGAAGAACCCAAACCACACUCGAUCCAUUUAUUCAAUACUCAUAGCUCCUUUCAGUUUGAAUUCCAACCUAUCUAUCAAACGAUCAGCAAUUCGUUUGAAUUCGAGUCUAACCCCCAAAUAGUCAGCCAUGGGAGCCGGAAACCAUCGCUUUCGAUUUCUCUCCCUUCGAAAACAACGCAGUGGAUUCAAUUCGGAGAUCCGAACCCGAGAGAAUCUGUAGAGGAGAAAGCUAGCGAGGAAGACCAGGCUCACUACAGAGGGGUUCGGAGACGGCCGUGGGGAAAGUACGCGGCGGAGAUCCGAGACCCGAACCGGAAAGGCUCUCGGGUUUGGCUCGGAACUUACGACACAGCCAUUGAUGCUGCUAAAGCUUACGACCGAGCCGCUUUUAAGCUUCGUGGCUCCAAAGCCAUACUCAAUUUUCCGUUAGAAACGAGAAACUUUAAACGACGUCGUGAGGAUGAAGAUGAGGUUGUGGUUGUGAAGAAGGAGAAGUUAACGGAGUUUGAUGAGGCAAUCAGUUAUAUAAAGGACAUGCCGUUAACGCCGUCAGAUUGGACGGCUGUUUGUGAGUCUGAGGAAGGGAAGGGAAUUUUUAAUGUUCCGCCUCUUUCUCCGUUAUCUCCACAUCCAAUGUUAGGUUAUUCACAGUUAAUGGUUGCAUGAAGGAAUAAUUUUAUAACUUUUUUUGCACCAUAUUUAUUAUCUUUCUUGUUCAUAUUAAUUUGUACACUUGUUUGGCUGGGAUAUAUUGGUUUAAUAAUAACACUGAAAUAAAUUUGGUUGAGAGUUGUUGCUGUGUGGGACUAUAGCUUUUUAGAUCAUA